AUUUUUCACUGAAAACCAGGGAACAGAAUUCUUGAUUUAUAUUCUUUUGCUCAGUUAUGCUGGCAGAGCUUUUUUAAACUGAUUUUGCAGACUCAACAAAUGUUAAAGUUCAUGCCUUUGGCAUUUUCUGUCAGAUUAUAUUUGGAUAAACAGAGAUGGUACCACCAACUUCUCUGAUUCAAUUACUUGAGUUGUUUUUUGUCCUAUAAGCCAUUAAUGUUAGCUCAGAAUUGUGAGGUUCUUUUUUUUGUUUUUUUCCAGCUGAAGAAGAAGUCUUCUUGAUUUGUAAAAAAGGUUAAUUGAGUAAUGGAUGAAAAGGGUGUCUUAAGUUCCUGUUUGAUUACAUCAGAAGGAAGAAGGGAGAGCUUAUGUCCAAUUUACUUUGGUGUUUCUUGUGCAUUUGUUGCUCUUGGGCUCUUACCGGAGCCCAAAAAAUGUGAUGAGAAUUUGUUAGAAGUGAGAAAUAAGAUGCUUCAAGGAAGUGCUCAUCUUUUGGGGUUGCUUGUGUGGAGAGUUCAGAGGGAUGAAGCAAGAAAUGAAAAGUCUGGAUUGUUACUUAAGUUAGCAAAUGCAGAGAAAAAAAUCGACGAACUGAAGGGGUUAAGAAGGGAGGAUGCUAAAGCAAAUGAGAAAGUUGUGUGCAUAUAUGCAGCACAAGAACAGUGUUGGUUUAAUGAGAGGAAGAAACUUAGGCAGCAAAUUGGUGCUUUUAUGAAUGAGUUGAGAGUUGUUGAGAAGCACAAGGACACCCUUAUUGCUGAAUUGGAUAGCAAAUUGGAGGAGAGUAAAGUAAUUGUGCAGUCGAAAGAUAAGAUCAUUGAGGACGAAGGGAAAGCGCAUCAUGAUCUCGAAGAAAAGCUGAAAAAGGCUGAUGCUAUAGCAGAAGAAUUGAGGAACACCGCGAAAUUUGAUGCUCAAAGGCACUCUAAUGAGAUCUCCAAACACAAGACUGCAUUCAUUGAAUUGGUGUCUAAUCAGCGGCAGCUUGAAGCGGAGAUGGGGCGUGCGCUCAGACAAGCUGAAGCAGCAAAGCAAGAGGUUAAUUCGGUACUUGAGCAAAAGGAGAAGGCUAUCUUGAUGACCCAAAAACUAUCGAUGGAGCUAGUCAAAAUGCGCAAGGAUUUGGAACAGAAAGAACAGAUUUUGUCAGCUAUGCUGAGGAAAUCCAAAUUGGAUACAACAGAGAAACAAAUGCUUUUAAAGGAGAUCAAAUUAUCAAAAGCCAAGAGAAAGCAAGCUGAGCUAGAGACUGAGAGAUGGAAGACAGCCUCAGAGUCUAGGUAUGAGAGACAUUCAUUGAGAAAUAUGCUGUACAAACGUAUGAAUCCGAAGUUGGAGGUUGUUGCCAGUGGGAAAGGGAUGCUUUCAAGUGCAAUGAUGCUACCAACUGGAAAAAGUAGAUCACAGAAGGCUGAUUAUCUUCUCGACGAGCAACCUGGGGGUACAAAAGAGCCAGAACUAUUUCCUCAUGUUCCUGAUAAAUUCUUGACUGAGGAUGCUGAAGAAGAAAUACUCACCGAUGAUGUUGAGCACUUGGAGAAUUGGGUUCGAUCAGAGGCUGAAAAGUACAGUGUUGCAGUUGAGCACAGGCAUCAUCUGGAGCUGGAUGCUUUUGCAGAACAACUGAGACUCAAAGAUGAGAGGUUAGAAGCUUUUCGAUGGCGCCUACUCAGUAUGGAACUUGAGUCGAAGAGGUUGCAGUCACAUAUUGAAGUGCUGGACCAUGAUCUAGCUCAGCUUCGGCAAGAUAAUAUGAAGUUGGAUGCAUUGCUAUUGAAUCGAGAAGUAGAAGUACAAUCUCUCAAACAGCAACUCACGGAAUAUUUUCACCUUCCUGAUUCCCAGAAAUCCAAUGCAAAUGCUUGUCCAAAAGAGCAGGACAAAGCCAAUCAUACAGUUUGGUCCAACGUGACGCUUAUAAAGACAAAACUAGGUGAGAAAGAGCAAGAAACAAAGAACCAUCCUGAGGAAACCUCUCAAAAGGUAAAAAAUGGAAGAAAAGUUGAGACCAGAACAAAUAACCCACAAAAAGACAUAAUUUUGACUCUACAGUCUCCUACAAAGGAGAUUGGUGAGGCAAAAGAUGGAGUGUCACAUCCGAAUGCUUCUAAGGCAGAACACUUCAGCACAGAGGAUGCUCGGAAUGCUGAAACAUCAACUUCAGAAUGUGAUAGCGAAAUUAAGAAAAACAAGUCACUGUGGAGGAUGGAUUUACAUGCUCUUGGAGUUUCAUACAAAAUCAAGAGGCUGACUCAACAAUUUGUCAUGCUUGAGAGGUUGAGAGGCAAACAAGAACCUGCUGGAAAUAGUGAAAACAAUGAUAAUGGACGAUCUGGCACUAGAGGAUUCCGUGCGUUGAUGUCUUUACUGAAUAAACAAGUUGCUCGUUACGAGUCCCUUCAGGGGAAAAUCGAUGAUCUAUGCAAGCGGAUGCAUGAGAAUGACCUGAAUGUAAAUUGUGAAGGUUCAGUUAUACGAAAAACAAAGGAAGAAACUAAGAUGCUUGAGCACUUUCUUGAAGAAACAUUUCAAUUGCAAAGAUACAUAGUUGCAACAGGACAAAAAUUGAUGGAAGUCCAAACAAAAAUUGCUUCUGGAUUCAUCGUAGCUGCAGAAGAACUUGAUACACCAGCAAGCUUUGAUGUCAAACGCUUUGCUGAUGGCAUUAGAACUCUCUUUAGAGAAGUUCAGAGAGGCCUUGAAGUUCGCGUAUCUCGAAUUAUAGGUGAUCUUGAAGGAACUUUGGCCUGUGAUGGCAUCACAUAUUUCAAGAGAUAGUGCUCACAGACGCAGAAUCUUGUUGCCCUUAAGCCUUAAGGUACUUUCCAGGUCUUCUUAGCUUAACUUGAGACAGAAAAUUUACAUGGUGCAGCAGCUUAUUCAAAGAAUGUCUUCAGUUUUAUGGAACCAAAUCAUUAAUCCAGUCCCGGAUAUACAUGUAAAUAUCCUACAAGUAUAAAUUCCAAUAAUUCGCGUACAUAGAGAGUUGCUGCAUCAUCUAUAACAGUAUCAGUGUUUCACUUAUAUUCAGCCAUUGUUAAUUUU